CAGAGAUGCUAAGGAGCACAUACAAGGUCACAAAGCUUCUUGGGGGCGGUUGUGGGUUUGGAACUUGAGGUUCCUGCCUUUCAGCUCUGUGCUCUUUCGACAGCAUCUUACACAACUUACAGUAUGGUUGGUUGCAGGGGCAGAAACAAUGGCUCUGGAACAAUUUUAGAACUCUUAGAGGGGAGCAGAGUUCCCCUUGCUGGUGAUUUCCCACCCACAGUGGGCUUGCUGCCAGUGUCUUUAUGUUUUUUACUUAUAGAGGCUUGUCUGGGGGUUGUAAUUUUCUUUUGAGACACUGGGAAAUCCCAUAUUAAAAAAAUGAUUUGGUGAAAUUGAAUUCUUACAUUUUGCCCAGUUUGUGCUUCUUCAGAGUGAGUGAGUGUGUGUGAGUGAGUGUGUGUGUGUGUGUGUGUGUGUGUGUGUGUUAUGGGGCCAUUCUAGCACUUCCUGUCCUCAAUUUCAUAUAGGUUGAUCUGGGUUAGGGCUCUCUAUAUGUGCUUUGUACAGGGCACAGUGACGAAGAGGAAAGUGGGAAUGAAGUGGGGAGAAAAGUUAACUCAGGCUCAUAUGGAAAGGAGAUGUCAUCUUACUGACUGGGACACUCUGAAUGUGGAGGGAGAGGGGGUCUGCAUGGCUGUCCACUGGUGGGGUGAGGUGGGGUCUCAGGGUGAGAAGAAAGAGGCUGAUAAGGGGGUUUUCUUAACCCAGAAGUGUCCAGGUUUUGACGGCUCCUGACUCAUUGUCAAUAUCAGUCAUUCAUUCACUCAGAUAAUUCUGGAGAACAUUCAACAAAUAAUGAUCUAAAAUCACCUCUGGGCAAAGGCCCUGUGUCAGGUUCCAGGAAGGAUGUGUUCUAUAUCCAGGGAUAUGUCUAGGUUGGUCUCUGUGGUAUAGGAGAGAAUCAGUCUCCUCCAGGUCCCAUGGCCUGUGUGAGGGCUCCCAACUCUAUCUCAUUGGCUCUGGAGUUGACUCCCAGCUCCCGGGGUUGGGGGGAUGAAGACCGCUCAUCCACACUGCUGCCUCACCAAGAUCAGAUAGGAGGGAGCUAGGUACUGUGGGGCUGGGCCUGGCUUCUAAGGAAAAGUACUACCGCAACGCCUCUGAGAAGCCAGUGGGCCAAGAAGCAGGGCUUGAGCAUGGGUUUCCAUCCCUCCCUGACUUAUACCAGGCUUUUUGUUAGAGAAGAUGAAAACUGGGCCCACUAUCUGGAAAUGAACCCAAGUUUGGAUCUCAUGAGAGCUCAGAAUAGAGUCUCGAAACAGAAGGCUGGGAGAACUUGGUGCAGGCAGGGAUGCAGGCCUGAGGUGGCCAGUCCUGGGGCUGGGUGGGGCAGAACCACGGUUGGGUCACAUUUCUAACUCUUGUUUUUUUGGAGCUAUGAGUCGGACAGAUUUUAUCUUGCCUGUUUUGACCCUCCAUGAGGCAACAGCUGGGGGCCAGGGGAGAGACAGAGAGCAGCAAGCAUGUUGGUUCUUCUUUUGGUCCAUUUAGCAAUUUCCUGUAAUUUUUGAGCAAGAACAGGUAUAACCGUUUGUGCCCUGAGGUGUGCAGUCUCCAACAUAUAUGCCCGAGGCCCUGAGGCCCUCUAGAAAUUGACCCUGGCUCAGUCCAAUCAAAAAUAAAUUCAUUGACCACAGGGAAAGGUCAGGCGUCCAUUAUAUAUGCAGCCUUGGCUGGGCUCUUACCUUCAUCCAGCUGUUCUUUCAGCAAAUAGUUUUGGAGCACUUAUUUUUGUGCACUGCACAGUGAAGCUCAAGGCCCACAUUUUAUCCGUGAAGACAUGGGACCACAAGGAGAAAACCACCACCUGGCUUCUGUUUCUAAAUGAGUGAAGCUGGUGUCAGUUUCUUGGCAAAUUCAAAUAUAUCUGCUACACACAGAUCCUUUUCCUCAAGUAAUUCUGGGUGCUUUCCAAACUUACCAAUUCCCUCAAGAAUGGGGGAGGGGCCGGGAAGCUCUCCAGGGAGAGGAACAGAACGGUUGAAGGCCCUCUGUUAAAGGGAGCAAGGUCCCUUUAAAAACCUGAGGGAAGACACUGUGACAAGCAAGGAAAGAGGGCCUGUUGUUAUGUAUUUACCAGUGCACCGCUGGGCAGAUUGCCUUAGGCUGAGGAGUGACCAGAGACCAGAUUGGACUCUUUGGAAAGAUUCCCAGAAGAGGGAGGGAAUCAUCGAUGGAAAGAAGCUCCCAUCAGUGGAGAGACCAGAGGCGGAUACAGACAGCAACAGCAUGCCUGACAGUCCAAGACCGGAGGAGAGAGCGACUGCUGAGGAAGGAGCAGGCAGUGCUUCCUGGGAAAGGGUGAAGCUUGAGGACCCGAUGCCAUGCCCCACUGAAGCUGAACGCCAGAACCACUGUGGCCGCUGCUCCUAGCGGCCGUGCCAUCAGCCCUGCACACCCACACACCCGUACUGGCCCUGGGACCUGGGCCUCAGCACAGACGGUGGGGCCGGCAGUUAGGGCCUUGCUCGUGGUGGCAAGUGCCCAGAGAGGGUAAGAAGGGAGGGCAUCAUGUCCGUGGCCCACGCAGUCGGCGGGGGAGGCAGAGGGCAGGAUGACCCACUUUCAGAGCGGCGUGGCUGUGACUGGGAUUGCUUCACGUGGUCAGUCUGCAUAUACAUGUCAGUCUUAAACUCUUUAGAACGGGCUGUUAAACAUCUGUAUCCUGUUUUCAUUAGCUUGUAAGCCAUGGUGAUGGGGACCUGCCUAGUUCUCUGAGCCAACAAGUGUGCCCAGAGGCUAAUAAACAGCAGGUGCCUCCAAUAAAUCUGAUUUUAAUACUCAGUGUAAAUGUGUGUGCAAAUACAUCUGUGGAAUGAAAGGUGGGAGCUGAAUUCUAUAUGCAAGUUACACAAUCUCAUAGCCGUUUUGAACUGAGAACUGUAGUGUGGCUGUGUUUGUAUGGCUGGCAUAGGGUUUACAUGCACAGGAGGUGUGUACAGUGUGCAGGGAGGGUGUUUUUGUGGACGCCUGUAUGAGUGUGGUGUGAAGGGGUAGGUGUGUGCGUGUGUGGAUGUGGAUGUGGGAGAGAAGUCCCCGUCAGAUCAGGUGGAGACAAAGCCAGCUGUGUACUUUAUAGGGCCUGGCUCAGAAUGGAAGUGUGGGAUCCCUUGUUCCAAACUAUUGGGACUCUCAGGACAGUCAGAGCAGCAUGCCAAAGCCAGCUCAGCCUUUCUGAGUGCAGAGUCCCAUGUGAUGUCACACGCUAAGUGCCCAUGGAGCCUGCCCAGGAUGGAGAGCGUAUACCUCCUGUCUCCCCUCAGUCUUCCCUUGCUGCCCUGGUAAGUCCUUGAAUCCCUCUGCGCUCUCCCCAUCCAGCUCCCGGGUGCCCUUGAUUUGGGGAGUCGGGGUGCUAGCUAGAGGCAGCCUGGAGAGGAGUGGCAGCGGGUGGCCUGCGCGUCUCCUGAUGCUCCUGACAUUUCAGUCUGGACCUCAUCACAGCCACCAGGAAGUGUGUGUCUCUGCUCUUUGUGCAGAACAAUCCCCUGAGGACAUCCAGGUCCCCUCCACAGCCCCCCACUGCCCACUGAGGGCUUCAAUUCCUGGGGGCCCUGAUGGGCCCUCUACUGAUCUUGUGCCACAUACCACGACUGGCAACAGGGACCAGGGAGCUGGGGGCAACAGUGGGCCAGCAGAGCUCACAGGCCCAGAUUCUCAGUGAGGGGGAGUAGAGGGUGGGGACUCCCUGAGUCCUUCCUGUUUAUUGUCCUGGUUUGCCUCCUUUCCAGUCAAGUGUGCUGUGCCUGCUCAGAGCACACUCAGGAGAUGCUGAUGGGUCAUGAAGAGGGUGUUCCCGCCCCAAUACCUAUACUUGUCAAUAAUUAACCAUGAUUUCCUACGUUCUGGGAGGAGGCAGUGGCACCUGGUCUGCCCCAGCUGGUUUAGCCCAUCAUUGUAGAUUAGCAUAGCAAUUCCGAGGUCCCUGAGUGGUUCUGGGGUGUUCCAGGUAUGGCUUCUCCCAAGGGUUAAGGGAACUUGAGAAGUUACUUCACCAUGUUCCUGAUCCUAGCCAGAGACCGCUCUCUAAACCCAAGCCCUUCCAGCUCUCCUAGUAACCGUGAGACGCCUGCGCGCUUCUGUCUGGGGAUCCAGAUGGGACUGUACGAGCAGAAUGCCUGCAGAGCCUCUCUGAGGAGGGCCACCUGCCUCAAGCCAAAGGGCCCAGGAGGAUAAAGGUUGUUUGGGCAAGUGUAAAGGGCAAGGUGGGCAAGAAAGGGGGAUUUAGGCCCACGUGAUUGGGCAGGAGUGGAGAUUUCCAUACAUUUGUUAAUCACUGGCCACGGGGCUUGGUCUGCCCCAGAGAGACGGAGUGACUGAGGUCCCCAUGCAGGGGUGUGAUGACCAGCUGGCUUUCCAGGACAAAAAGGCCUGGUUAAGAAUUUGCUAAUGUCUGUGGUGUCAAUACUCCCACCAGGUCCAAUUUUAAGCUACCAGCUGGUUUAGGAACUGACUUACAGAACUCUUGAACAUUUAACAAUCAGCUCUCAUUGCCCAUUAGAUCACUGUCCCCACCAGAGACCAUCAACCACACAAGCCCCCAGGACCCGCCCUCAUGCCUCCCUGAGCCCAGACUCCCACUUCCCUGCCUGUAUUUACAAAAUGCCAUUAUCCAUGCCCUGGACAAUGCCUGAGCCUGGGCCUGACGCUCGUAUUCCUUGUGCCGCAGUCCUGGAGGAAGGCUGGCUGGUCGGUCUCAUGGGUCACCGUGAUGCCGCUGAGGUGACAGAUGUGAAAUGGCUUUGCCAAAGCAAACACCAAACCCAGUCAAGUGCGACUGUCCAAGUCCCAGGGACCAUCUAUCUCUAGUCCGGAGCAGUGGGGAGGUCGGCCUCAAUGUCUCCCGCAAUGGUUUGACAAGCCUCAGUUUAGAGCAUCUAGUAGUCUGCCAGCUGACAAGCUGCCCUGCCUCUCACCUCCCUCAGUCACGCGCAGCCUCCUCACACACUCCCACUUCCAGGGGACCAGCUGUGCCCGGUGAGGAAUACCAGGUAUCCAGGAAGCCACUACUAGGUCCGUUCCCUGGACCACAGAAGGACACAACGCCCAUCCCAGGGGUUGGGAGUCUAUCCACAAAGUUCACUGGCAGAAGGGGCUUCCUGGUCUUGUGGGUGGCCAGACCACUUCUCUGGGUGUAGGUUUUUCAUGGUGCAAUCUUCUUGGAGACCCACCUGCAUUUGACACCGUCCCAGUGAGUCCAUUUCCCCCUCCUCUGGGCUUCUGGAAUGGCACGAGGGCCCCACCUUAGCCAGGCAGCUGUGAUGAGAGAUGUUGACCCAGCUGCCUCUCUGCUAGCUCACUGUGUCAGGUGGAAGGGGCUGAGACAGCAGCAGGGACUGAGGAUCUUUCCGAAUAGCCAGGGACCCUGGGAACGUCCAGAGGCAGGACUGGGGCCAGGGUCCUCUGGGAGUCAGCCAGGCACUGGGGGAUGAAUGGUAGAGGGAACCGAUGAGAAACAGGCUCUGGGCCAGGAAAAACAGACCAGAGCCACAGGUGUGCCACUGUUCCUGCUACUCUCCUGUCUUAAUCCCUCUUGUUUGGUGACAGCACUCAGCCAGGUCUGGAGGCCGGCACGGAACACCUGCUGACCCAAGAGUAAGUUUCUGUGGGGGCUGGAGACAGUCACAUGUCUGUUUAUGUGAACCUCACACUCUGGUUCAUUGCAGGAGACAGAGCUCUGAAUGAACCAGCACAUCACACUGCAACACAUGCUCAGCUGGGAGUGGGCACGUGUGUGAGAGGAAAGUAGAAGGUUCCGUGGAGGGGGUGACAUUUGAAGGAGGUCAUAAAAGUGGGUGCCUCCAACAGCCCCAGUCUCUCUGCAGAGGCCCAAGUCAGGCUCCAACCCUGGGACUCACAGAUCUGCCAUCUGGGAAUCCCUGGGGUGGCCUAAGGCAGUUUGCACUCCCCAGCAGGAGGUCACACAGCCAACUUCCUCCAUCCAAAGCCUUCCAGAUCCUCACCACUGGCUUUGCCAACAUGGCGAACAUUUCCCCUGCUCAGAACAUAAGGGAGUGAGAUACCCUGGCUGCUCUUUCCAUGGAUGAGCAGGGAUGGGGGAGAAGGAGGGCUAUAGAGCUUGGGGAAGGGGCUCUUGGAAGGUUCCUGGAAGGUGAGAGGGAACAGGAGGGGAGGAGACAACAUCAGUGGCUCAGAGGUUGGGGCCCGCCGGGAGCUGGAGCUGGAGCCGGAGCCCAUCCGGGUCCUGGUGUAUACUCCCAGAAGUUCAGGGUUGGCACCAACCCACUUCAGGGCCUUAAUGAGGGCGCUCUGGCUGAGGCCUGCCCCCCAUCCCCCAAAGUGCUGAUUCUGAAUUAGAUGUGAUCAAUGAGGGGAAAAUGACUGUAACAAUCAAGUGCAUGGCAAAUGCUUAUGUGUGUGUGUGUCCCCUCACUUAAAAAACAAUUUCUGGGCAUUAUUGAUUCUGGGACUAUCCUCUAUCUUCCCCCCUAGAGAAUCUUAUGGGAUUCCAUACUUGGUUUAGAGUGUAUGAGAAACUCCUACCCCAGGCCUUGCAUAAAGUAGGAGCGUAGUGAAUGUAUGCUCCUUUUCUUUAGCCACUCAGAGUGGCCACUUGAGGUUGAGGGCAAAGGGGCUUCCCCAGGCUAGAAGCUGAUGGGCCUUUGGUCCUUGCCUCCCCCUUCCGUCUCCAGCUGAUGACAAACACCAGGAUGUCAUAACAUACUCUGUGUCCUCAUCUGUUAUUCUCGGACACAGGCUGGGGAGGGUACCUGAGUGGGUCCCCUCUGACUGGGGCUGGACUUUCUUGCACCAUGGACUGGCCUGUACCAGUCCCAGGGAUGGAUGCAGAAGGGUGAGGCACUGAUCCUGCUCGUUGGGCAGGAUGCUGGCAGGAGGGCGGGCUGAGCAAGGGCGGGGCUUCCAGAACAAAGGAGAAUGGGGAGCCCUGGGGGCCUAGGCUAGGCAUCAAAAGGGCUCUGCAGAGUGAGCAGGCUAUAGCAGCUGCCUGUCUCUGUGCCCAGCAGUCAGUCAGACAGUUCGUGCGGGACCCUUCUGCCUGCUCCAGACAGGCAGCAAACAACACUGCUCAGAGAGGCCUUGUUCUCCAGCGUGAUUGCGCUGACACUGCUCUGCGGUUUGCUCUACUUGGCGUGGUUUGCUGCUGCAGUUCCAGAGGAGGGCACAGGGAUGGCGGGGAGUGGAGCCAGGAGCCGGGAGGGCCGUCGGGAGCGUGCCUUCACCCCGGAGCCCUUCGAUGGAACCAGUACAGCCCCACACCUCUGGCUGCACCGCUUUGAGGUCAUCAACGACCUCAACCACUGGGACCAUGCCACCAAACUAAGGUUCCUGAAAGAGUCCCUCAGGGGAGAUGCCUGGGAGGUCUACAGUGGACUCAGCCCCAAGGACCAGGAAGACUAUGGUGCUGUGAAAGAGACCCUCCUGAAGGCCUUUGGGGGGCCUGGGGCCACCCGCAGCCACUUGCCCAAGGAGAUCGUCUUUGCCAACAGCAUGGGUAAGGGCUACUACCUCAAGGGGAAAAUUGGCAAAGUGCCUGUGAGGUUCCUGGUGGACUCUGGGGCCCAGGUCUCUGUGGUCCACCCCAGCUUGUGGGAGGAGGUCACAGAUGGUGACUUGGACACCCUGCGGCCCUUUGAGAAUGUGGUCAAAGUGGCCAAUGGGGCUGAAAUGAAGAUUCUGGGCACCUGGGAUACAGUGGUGUCCCUGGGUAAGCUGAAGCUGAAGGCAGAGUUCCUAGUGGCAGAUGCCAGUGCUGAAGAAGCCAUCAUUGGUACCGAUGUGCUCCAGGACCACAACGCUGUCCUGGACUUCGAGCAUCGCACGUGCACCCUGAAGGGGAAGAAGUUCCGCCUCCUGCCUGUUGGAGGGUCCCUGGAGGAUGAGUUCGAUCUUGAGCUCAUAGAGGAGGACCCCUCUUUGGGGGAGGGGGGACAGGAGCUCUCCUACUGAGAAGCCCCCUUUUCUUUACCCCCCAAACAUUGGUGGGAAGACACACCACAGUGGAGGGGAAGGGCAAAUAUCCUCAGGGGUCACUGGGUUCUGCCGACACUCUGGAACCAACUCUUGCCUCCUCCUCUCCCUCCUCCUCCAUCUGCAGGGGCCUUCAUCUGUCCCUGGUGAGGGAGGCUUCCAUCUGAAAAGGCACAGGUGAGGGAGAACAGGCUGGCUAUCUCAGAGGGAGGAAGAGUCCUUGUGGUGGUCAGGCUGCUAUUGGUGGCAAAGAUUUAAGGCUGGACGGUUCCAAGAAGGCUGGAAAUUACUGUCUUUCAGAGAGGCCUGGGGUACCUCUUAAGAUCCCCUGAGAUGUGGCUCAGUCACCUCUAGGUCCAUGCAGUCGUUCUCAGUUGAACUGAGCCCUGGCUGCAGGGUCCUCACAAGCAAGACCCAGCUUUUGCAGGUGAGGGUCACAGCUGCUCUGGGAGUCUCCCCUGUUGGGUCUUCCCACCUACCUGUAUGAUGUAGUUUCCUUCUGUCAUUUGCUUUGAAACUCGUUGAGCCUUAUGCCAAUAAUUCAUUACUUCAAAACCAAUAAAAAUUGACUCAUGGAAAAACCA